AUGCCUUCUUUUCAAGGAAUGCUGACCGAAGAACAGUUGAAAAUGACAUCUUCUUUUCCACUUUUUAAUAGGAUAUUUACAUCUCAUCACAUACAGCAUUCUUGGGGAGAAAUCCAGGCUCUUUCAAAUAAAAAUGCCCGCAAUGAAAAAUCAAGCCCAUACAAAAAAGCCCGAAUGGGCAGGAAAGUCGACAUAAAAGGAACUCUAUUAAAAACAUCAGAUAAAUUUGAAGCACUCUUUGGAGAGGUCACAGGUGGAUUAGGACCACUUGGUGUCGCUGCAGCUUGUCAUAAAAAAAGAUUCUUAGACAAAGUAAAAUUGAUGGUCAUCAUGCGAGAUAGUUUAAACUCCCUGUUAAAAGAGUGUGACUAUGUGUCCGAUGAAGAAAGAUCAAAUGUUAUAGUUUACAGUUGGCUUCAGUUUGGUUUGGAGUUGAACUUUUAUGUGAUGGAUUGGAUAGGAUCUAGCAUCUAUAGAUUUGGGUUAUUAGAUAGAUGCAGAAUACCUGUCGAUGAUGAGUAUUGUAAUAUAUUGGAAGAUGUGUACUGCAUACUCAAAUUGCUUGAAAAAAAGUUGCUUGAGACUGAGAAAUCCGUAAUGAAUCUUCUUUUAAGCAACACACGAGGAAAAAGGAUACAAAUUACUUUGGAAAACAAGGCAGAACUAAAUAACAAUCGCUCUCCUUAA